AAGAGCGGCCACGCUAAUUUUAAACGUGAUGUAGAUCGAAACUCUCCGUCAGACGAUUCAACUGCGGCACCCUACUUUUAGUGGAGCGCGAACUGCUGCGCUUUGUGAUCGCAUCUAGUGGUUUGUAGUGACAAUGGGUGAUAUAUCAGAACCUAUAAAAAAAUGCGUUCUCAUUCUGAAGUCUGCAAAAAGCGACACAGAAAAGUUCGCUGCUUUGUUCAUGGUGACAAAGUUGGUGAAAAGCAAAGAUUGCAAUUCGGCGGCAAAGAAGGCACUAUUUGAAGCCAUUGGAUUCAAUUUUCUGAAGAAACUAUUGACCAGCAACACUGUUCAAGAUGACUGCCCACCUUCGGUCUACAAAUCUGUUGCUUUAUCAGUUCUUACCACAUUUUGUAAAGAUCCAGAGUUAUCGGUGCAUCCUGAGAUGUUGGCAAACAUACCAUUCUUUUUGGACAUUGUGCAAACAUCAGACAACGAUGAUUAUGAUGACAAUCUCAUAAUUAUUAGUGAAGCAUACACUUGCCUCCAGUGUAUUGCUGAACAUGAAAGUGGACAAAAAGCAUUAAUAGAAGUUGGUGCCAUUACUAAAAUGUCAGAAAUUUACUCUCACCAAAGUUUCCAAACAGAUGAGGCACUCAACAUUCUUGUGAAACUGGUUAGUAGAUAUGGACCCGCCGCCUGGGGAAAUGAUCCUAAACCGUUCCAUGCUUUAGUAAACAAAAUUGCAUUGGAUUUUGCAACAGACCAAUCAGAAAGAAAAUUUGAACUAGCUACUAUUUUGAGUGCACUAUUAUAUAGCUGUAAUAAAACUACAGUAUUGCCUGGUUUUGCAGAGGAGACAUGGCCUAUGAGUAUCUAUAAAGCCCUCUAUGAUAUUCUUACCAGUAAAAUUGGUAAAAAUCAAAGAGAUCCAGCAUUGAAACUUGCAGCUAAUAUUCUUGACCUACUUGGAAUUGAGUGGUGCAUUGAAUGUGGUGAUGAAGAAAAUCCAAAGAAGUUCUUCCUGUUACUGUUGCAACUGUGUGCCAUUGAAGUAAGGAUGCAAUUAGAUGACAGAAGUUUCAAGCAAGCCUUUUCUAAUGCAGAUUUAAUUACAGCUUGCUUCAUUGUCCUUGAACUGUCUAUAAAUUAUAUGGCUACAGACCAACUUGAUUUGGAUCAGAAAGAAAAGCAAUCAGUGUACACCAGUCUCAAAGGAGCUUUUAAUGCUGUUGUUUCUAAUUUAACUAAAGUUUCUAAUGACAAAAACAAAGAUAAAUUACCUGAUGCUGAAAAAGUUUUUGUCUGUGCUAUGGUCAGAGUUCUAGUUGCGUGGAUUGCACAAGAGACUACAGCAAUGAGGGACCAAAUAUAUGCUUUGCUGCCAUUUAUAUUCACUCUAGCGAAUGAUUCUUUCCAUGCAUAUAGAGCUCGGAAACUGGCAGAAAAAAAUAAAUCUGAGGGUGAAUCUAUGACUGCAGAUACUUCUCUUAUGGGUCAAAUAGAUUUAUUGAGAUUAAUGUUGCCAGCUCUUUGCCAUUUAGUAGUUGAAGACAAAGCCAGAGAUAUUGUUUUGAACCUGAAACAAGAGGACAUCUUAUAUGAAGCUAUGAAUUUCCACUGGUCAAUUGUUCACUACAAGAAGCCUCCUAUACCCAAGUCUGAACGGGGUAAAGUGAGGACCCAACCAGAACCUGAACUUGACCCUAAAGUAUUAGAAGAUAUGAAGGACUCCAGAGCUGCCAUGGUCAGCCUUUGUAAUAUUUUCAUGAACUUAACAGUAUUAGCACCAAAGGUGGUUGAAAAUAGCAUGUUGUUCAACACUUUACUUAAGUUUAUUUUCAAUAAUUUACCAGAACUGAAAGAUAUUCCUGAUAAUCUUGUGCUUCAUGGACACAUGGCUGUAUUAGGGCUAUUAUUACUGAAGCAGCUAGCAACCAAAGUCAAAAAGAAUGAUUUCUCUAUAUGUAGAUACAUCCAAUCAACAAUCAGAUUUCUUUGGGAUGCAUACAUUGUUGAUGAAUCCAAUGACCCUACUGCACUAGUAGUGUCAAUGACAUACAAAGAACAUUGGAAUGAAAUUGCUGAUUUGUGGUUCCUGGGUAUGCAAACUAUGAGUGGUGUACUCACCAUAGUCCCAUGGAUAUCAGAGUUUGCCAUAGAGAGUGGUUGGGCUGAGGGUAUAUCUGUAAUGCUUGCCAAAGUUAAAGUUGGAACUCUACCUCCUAACAUUAAAUCUGCCUUUGAAGAUUUUCUGUGUAGAUUAGUAGAUUCAAAUGAGAGUGUAAUACCAGUGCUGAAAAAGGGCGGAGCCCUGAAAAUGUGCAGAAGUCACAGGAUGAUGGAUUUGGGAAAGAAAUUGUUCGGUGAUUAAGUGCAAUUCUUUUGUUUGUGAAUGCCUCACUGUACUUAUUUUAAUA